CGCGCUCCUGUCCCCACGCAGAUGGGCAGAAGAUGUACAUAUUCAUGAGCAAAACUCUCCUAGUUCAUAUCACUUAGCAUCUUUGUUCUAUACUUUGAGGUAUUGUGGUAGCUAUGGAUCCUCUUAGCGCCUUAUCCCUUGCAGCCUGCGUUGUCCAGUUCAUAGAGUUCGGUUUUAGCCUCGUCUCCAAUGCCUAUGAAAUUGGCACAUCUGCGACAGGAGCGACAAAGCGAAAUGACGACCUUGAAGAGGCCUCUAGUACACUGAGUACACUCGUUCUUGAGCUUAACGGUCUUUCCGAGAAUGUUACACCGUCUCCGAACAGAGUUCUCGAAGAAUUAGUCCUCAAGACUGUUGCUACCAGAUGCAGAGCGACUGCCAAUGAACUACAAGCAAUACUGCAGGAUAUGCGUUCCAACAGUCCUGGAAAGGGGUUGUCCUCUGGGCUUAGAAAAGCGUUCAAAGUGGCAUGCAGUAAAAAGACACUUGUGGACCUGGAGAGCAAGUUGAUAAUGUGUCGCAGCGAAUUAUCGACAUGCUUGACAGUCAUAAUCAGCAACAAACAAUCAAGCUUAUGUCGAGAGUUCCGCCGCAUGUACGAGGCAAACUCUUCUAUGCAACUCAAUCAGUCAACACAGUUGGACGAUAUAUCUCAGAAAUUGAAAGACAUCGAAAAUAAUUUGCGGCCUGCUAGGACUGGGACGAGCCCACUCUUCGAGUCGGAGGCGGUAUUCUAUGGGAGGCUGUCUGAUACGCUUUCCAAAAUUGUCCUAACUGCAAAGGGCCUCUCCACUCAGCGACGUGUUCUCCGAUCGCUGUAUUUUCGAGCACUGCCAGUCCGUCAUCAAAGCAUCGCGGAAGCGCACACAAGCACCUUCCGCUGGAUUGUAGACGACGACAACACGAAUCAUAGCCAAAGAAACUUUCUCCAUUGGCUCAAAGCCGGCGAUGGUAUAUUCUGGGUAUCAGGAAAGCCAGGAUCAGGAAAAUCAACGCUGAUUAAAUUUCUAGCCGGUCAUGCUAGAACAUUCAGCACCGUGAGCUCGUGGGCAGCUCCGAAUCCUUGUGUCAUUGCGCAAUAUUAUUUUUGGAGCGCAGGAACCCACCUUCAGAAAUCACUUGAAGGGCUGAUCAGAUCCCUCCUGUUCGAGAUCCUCCGUCGAAAGCCGGAACUAAUGCCCACGAUCCUUUCAGAAAGGUGGGAUGCAGCAUGUGGCCCUGAAAAUCAGGACUUCGACGACCGAGACGGAUCCUUUUGGAGCAUGCCCGAAUUAUUUCGUGCUGCAGACCGUUUAGGAGACUGGAAAGAGACCUCGACUCAGUUCUGCUUCUUUAUAGAUGGCUUGGACGAGUUCAGUGGCGACCAUAACGACGUCGUGAAGAUUUUGGCUCGUCUAAGUUCAUCGCCAAAUCUCAAGAUUUGCGUGGCCAGUCGACCAUGGAACAUUUUUGAAGAUGCAUAUGGGCAGAGCAAGGAGAAGAAAUUCUACCUCCAGGAUCUCACCCGAGGCGACAUUCAGAUAUACGUUGAGAGCAUGCUUGAAGCACAUCCGAACUGGAAAAUGAUUGUCUCCGAUGAUACGCGCUGCUCAGCCCUUGCAGAGAAGAUUACGAGGAAAUCGCAGGGUGUCUUUUUAUGGGUGCAUUUGGUUUUGAAAUCGCUCUAUGAGGGUCUCACGAAUGGUGACGACCUCUAUACCCUCAGACAACGUAUCCGAAGAUUCCCAGAAGAUUUGGACAGCUUUUUCAAGGUAAUGCUGAAAUCGAUCGAUCCUUUCUACUACCCAUCUACUGCACGCUUCUUCAAAGUCGCCCUCGAGGCCCGUGAGCCCCUCACCUUGAUGUGCUUCUUGUUUGUCGAUAAAGCCGUCCGUGAUGAGAAUUUUGGUCUUCACCGGCCCAUCGAGACUAUGGACGACUACGAAAUCUUCAACAAUCACUCCCGGAUGCGCCGACGACUGGACGGUCGCUGCAAAGGAUUGCUCGAGGUAGAAAAAGUUCCUUACGCCACGGACUAUCUGGGACAUCGCGUCAAUUUCCUUCACCGGACGGUCAGGGACUUUCUGCUUACAAGGGACAUGACCGACUUCAUUGAGAAGCAUUUGGAGGAGUUCAACGUCAACCACGCUAUAUUCCAAGCAUUCGUCGCUCUCAUGAAAUCCAUGCCUCUUCGGGACAAUAACGCCAAUGCACAUGCAGAACUGGAAUUGACGACAUUGUUCGAUGAGAGUCUCCAUUACGCCUGGAAAGCUGAGCAAGAAACAGGACAGGCGGAUCCGGAUUUAGUUGACGAAGCGCGAGACACUUUCGAACUGCUUCUGAGCUCAAUGGGUCGGCAGCCUUCCUGGGACUACUUCCGGAAGUUGGCUAUCACGCGUGGUCUUUGCAAAUAUCUGGAUCAACGAAGGGACUGUCAAGCUGGUUCAUAAGCGAUCAUAGAUGGGUCGCUGCUGCGAUAUUCUCUCACAGAGUCCGUCAGACAGCAUGGUGUCGAUGAUCCGGAUCUGACAGAAAUCGUGGCUAUGUUUGUCCGGCGUGCAAGCGAAACGUCUCGUUUUAAUAAGAGACACGUGUCAUACUGGCUUUCAUCUCUUAACAAGACCAUACUGAAGGCUGGGAUGGAUCACAUCUGGGCAGCACGCCAACAACACAUCAUGCAAAUCCUUCUCAGCGAGAGCGACCAGAUCAACGAUGGUGGUGCGGCGGGAGACUUUGUCAGUGGCUUGUUUGACCUGGCUCUGGAACAUCCCAAGAGACAAGCGUGGGAGGUAUGGAUUGAGAUGCUGGUGACGUUGCUGCGCGCGGGUGUGGAUCCGAAUGCGGUUCACCAAAAUAGCACCGUGGCUGAGAGCUUCUUCAAAAGUCUUCUCAAUUUCCGUCGUACUGGUAAGUGGGUGAAGGUUCCCAUGGAGAGCCUCGAGUUCCUGGCGAAGAUUACGGAGAUACUUCUGGUUCAUGGGGCAAAUGCGGCUGGCAUGCCAGAGAGCACGGUGUCCUUUUUGUUUCCAGGACGGCUGGGAACUCCCUUGCAGGCGAUACUGGCGGCAAGACACCAGCCGCCGAGCCAGCUCUCUUUUCUGUUCUCAUGGCUUACCUGGCCCUUUCGUAGAGUAUAGUUUCAAGAUACUUUGUCUUUAAAG